UUCUCGCAGUUCAAAAUGGCGGCGUUGAGCAGCGCCGAGUCCCCACCGCCCGUCUUUAACGGAGACACCGUGGAGAGGGAGCCGGGCAGGGAGCGGGGCCUGGAGGAGCCGGGCCCCGGGCUGGACGCGUCCUGCUCGCCAGGGAUGCCCGGAGGUCCACAGGACGAGGAGAUCUGGAACAUCAAACAGAUGAUAAAGUUGACACAAGAACACCUAGAGGCUCUACUAGACAAGUUUGGAGGAGAACAUAAUCCUCCUUCCAUUUAUCUAGAGGCCUAUGAGGAGUACACCAGUAAGCUAGAUGCCCUGCAGCAGAGGGAGCAGCAGCUGCUGGAGGCAAUGGGGAACGGCACAGACUUCUCCUGCUCGCCCACCACCACGCCAGCCCUUCUGGAGGUCAAGAUGGGAGGUUGCAGCGCCGGUGGUGGAGCCCAGGCCUUUCCCUCAGCCCCGAACACCCUAGCCGUCCUGCAGACCCCCACAGACACCAGCCGAGCUAACCCUCGCUCACCACAGAAACCAAUCGUCAGGGUCUUCCUGCCCAACAAACAGAGAACAGUGGUUCCAGCCCGCUGUGGGAUGACUGUGAGAGACUCGCUGAAGAAGGCUCUGAUGAUGAGGGGCCUUAUCCCAGAGUGCUGUGCAGUGUACAGGAUACAGGAUGGGGAGAAGAAGCCCAUUGGCUGGGACACGGACAUCUCGUGGCUGACAGGAGAGGAGUUACAUGUAGAAGUGUUGGAGAAUGUUCCACUCACCACACACAACUUUGUGAGGAAGACAUUCUUCACGCUGGCCUUCUGUGACUUCUGCAGAAAGCUGCUCUUCCAGGGUUUCCGCUGUCAGACCUGCGGCUACAAGUUCCACCAGCGCUGCAGCACUGAGGUUCCUCUCAUGUGCGUUAACUACGACCAGUUAGACUUAUUGUUAGUAUCCAAGUUUUUUGAGCACCACCCGUUCACCCAAGAGGAGGUUUCCUCAGAGGGAACCACCCCAGUGUCCGAGGUCUGUCCGUCACUCCCUCCAUCUGACUCCAUGGGGUCUAUGUGCCACAGCUCUGUAUCGCCGUCCAAGUCCAUACCCAUCCCACCCAGUUUCCGACCCAAUGAGGAGGACCACCGCAACCAGUUUGGCCAGCGGGACCGUUCGUCCUCUGCCCCCAAUGUCCAUAUCAACACCAUUGAGCCUGUCAAUAUUGAUGACCUGAUUCGAGAUCAGAGCUUACCAAGGUCAGAUGGAGCCCCCCUGACCCACCCCGCCCGCUGCUUGAGGAAGCACCGAACACGGACCUCAAGCCCCCUCCUAUACUCCUACCCCAAUGACAUAGUGUUUGAUUUUGAGCCUGAGCCUGUUUACCGAGGCUCCACCACGGGGCUGUCGGCCACGCCACCCGCCUCCUUACCCGGCUCCCUGACCAACGUCAAGGUUCCACAGAAGUCGCCAUGCCAACAGAGGGAGCGCAAGUCGUCGUCCUCAUCCGAGGACCGCAAUAAGAUGAAAACCUUGGGGAGAAGGGACUCGAGUGACGACUGGGAAAUCCCAGAAGGUCAGAUCACUCUGGGUCAGAGGAUAGGCUCUGGAUCGUUUGGAACUGUCUUCAAAGGAAAGUGGCACGGUGACGUGGCUGUGAAGAUGUUGAACGUCACUGCGCCAACACCACAGCAGCUUCAGGCCUUCAAGAAUGAAGUAGGAGUCCUCAGGAAAACGCGUCACGUGAACAUCUUGCUGUUCAUGGGCUACACCACCAAGCCUCAGCUGGCCAUAGUGACCCAGUGGUGCGAAGGCUCCAGUCUGUACCACCACCUACACAUCAUCGAGACCAAGUUUGAGAUGAUCAAGCUGAUCGACAUCGCCCGGCAGACUGCGCAGGGCAUGGACUACCUGCACGCGAAAUCAAUCAUCCACAGAGAUCUGAAGAGUAACAAUAUUUUCCUCCAUGAGGAUCUAACGGUGAAGAUCGGGGACUUUGGCCUGGCUACAGUGAAGUCACGUUGGAGCGGCUCCCACCAGUUCGAGCAACUGUCUGGCUCUAUACUGUGGAUGGCUCCAGAGGUGAUCCGGCUGCAGGACAAGAAUCCCUACAGCUUCCAGUCAGACGUCUACGCCUUCGGCAUCGUGCUGUACGAGCUCAUGUCCGGAGCGCUGCCCUACUCCAACAUCAACAACAGAGACCAGAUCAUAUUCAUGGUGGGUCGAGGUUACUUGGCUCCCGACCUCAGUAAAGUACGCAGCAACUGUCCAAAGGCUAUGAAGAGGCUGAUGGCCGACUGCUUGAAGAAGAAGAGGGAGGAACGACCCCUUUUCCCACAGAUCUUGGCGUCCAUCGAGCUGCUGGCUCGCUCGUUACCCAAAAUCCACCGCAGCGCCUCGGAGCCUUCGUUUAACCGAGCCGGCUUCCAGACGGAGGACUUCAGCUUGUACGCCUGCGCUUCACCCAAGACCCCCAUCCAGGCCGGAGGCUAUGGGGAGUUUUCGGCCUUUAAGUAAGUGCUGCCGAUCCCACUCCACUCCAUUCCUUGUCACUUUUCAGUCUUGUGUCCAUGCGGUGGAUUCAUUCAUCACCGGGGGGAAAAAGAAAAAAAAAAAAGAAAAGAAAAAUUAGUCUCAGAGAAACGGGCUGUUUUCUUCCUGUAUCAACGUGAAGAAGGAGAAACCGCAAGCUGUCCAGCAGGCACACAGCCACAGCAACAGACACAAAAAAAACUGAAUUAGGGGGAAAAAAAACUAAACCCAAAAAGCAACUGGAAUGAAGACAGUGAAAAAAAACAACAAAAUAAAUCCAUACCGUAAACCAUUUUCCUGCCCGCUUUGAGGGGACAAAGAUGAACGCAAAAAGGAAAGGGGAGACGGCAAAGCAACGUCAGGAGAAGUUGAGUUUUUCAGACGGCUGCAUUUCAAACGGAUGGCGGCAGAACGCGGCCUGUGGAUGGAGACGCUGCUCCUCCGUCUGACACGUUGAAAUGGAAGUUCAGGCAUCGGCCUGUUCCCAGCAGGAGCUGGAGGUCACUCAGCGGGGGUUAACCCCCUCCUGAAGAGCGAUGACUUGAAAGAUAAAAUCUAUUUUUACUUUUUUUUUCUUUUUUUUUUUUAGUUCUCAAGUUAACUAGCGCUUGCUAGGAAUGAGCUUCUUUUUUUUCUUUAUUUUUUUUCUUUUUUUAAUUAAAAGUAAACUUUCCUCCAGGUCAUGCAGCACAGUCCUUUUUUUUCCUUUUUUCGUUUUGUGGGCUAAACGCUGACCAAAUUCUGCAAAAUACUGUGCUUUACCUUCUUUUUUGCCUCCAACAAAUACGACACCAGUGAUGAAGAGGCUGCCGCUCGUAAUCUCUGCAAAGAUCUUUUGUACGCGAAGGCGGGAGAAAUAGGUUCGCAGUGGAAAAGUUUUGGGAGCUGUGUGGAGACGAGAUGACCGGUGGCGAUGUGAGAGGGGUUUCUUAUUCCCUUUAAAGAACCUGGUCUGGUGUCGUUUUUAACGGAAGCUUUAGAAGUGUUGGAUAUUCCUACAUUUUCAAGGGACUUUGUAUUUAUGUGAAAGCAAGAGAAGCGGAUCUUUCUGUAGAUUUCCAAUUUUGAAAGUGUUGGGAGUGUUUUCCACAUUCAGUGGAGUUUUGUCCAUGUGACAGCGUAGUCAAAGGCUACAUCCAUACUAGCACACCUUCAUUUGAGAACAGGCUUUUCAAACGAGAAUGACAUGAGUUUCGGCUCCCACAUCACGUGACCAUUCAGGCGUAAACAGGAAGUUGAAACCUGAGAAGAGCAGCAAUUUCUUUGAUUUGGACUGAACACGAGGUCACAUUUAGAAGGGUGUAUCAGAACUUUACGACCCACGACUAUGUUUUUGUCGCUGUUUAAUUGCUUUAAAGUCGAAAUAGUUUUGGUUUUUGUAGCCUUUUUGCAACGUCCUGUUUGCGCAGUAUCCCAAAUGGACACAUUAGCAAAGUCAAGCAAGUCGUAUCGCCCACAAGAACUUGAUGCAUGAACCAACUUUUGAAACAUGUGUUCAUAAGAAUCUCAUCAGCUGACGUAGUUGGCACUCUUUAUUAUGUUAUAUUCUUUGUGGUAGACAGACACCGUCAUAGUUCCAGACUGAAGUGCAGCACCAGAUUUUUUUUUUUUUCAAUAAAAUAUGAAGCCAGAGUUUUUUUUGUUUUGUUUUUUUUUUAAUUUUAGUGCUCAAAAGAAAAGGUAGUGUGGAUGACUGACGUAUCCGUAGCAGAGCUGAUGCCUUUCAAAUUGAAAAUUGAGUAGUGUGGAUGUAGCCUAAGUCGAGCUGCUGCUCGGGGCUUAUGCUGAGCUCAGGGGCCGAUCACACAGAGAUACAAACGACGGGAAAAAAACACCUCGGGAAAACAACAAAAAAAAGAACCAGAAGUGCUCCUUUGACUGUGCAGACAAGUAAAA